UCUUCAAAAAUGAGUCGCAAAGAAGCUCUGUCGUCCUUCAUUCAGCAAAUUCACGGACGUCCGGUCGUAGUUAAGCUGAACAGUGGUGUAGAUUACCGAGGUGUCCUUGCCUGUCUAGAUGGCUACAUGAAUAUAGCAUUAGAACAAACUGAAGAAUAUGUCAAUGGACAGCUGAAGAACAAAUAUGGAGACGCUUUCAUUAGAGGGAAUAAUGUUCUUUACAUAAGUACUCAAAAACGGAGAAUAUGAUAUGUGUAAUUAUUUUUAGUUUUACUAAGAAUAGAAUUAAGAAAUUAUUUGCAGAGGAAGUAAGGUAUUACUGGACGAGUAUGUGUUACAAGGACGACCGCCAGC